AUGGACUAUGAGAAUGAACUACUACUUUAUCACUCGCAACAUAUACAGGAUAAUUCAUUUAGCGAUCAUUUAGUGGUUGGCAGAAAGACACCUAGACGAUUUUGGAUAGGUCUACUUAUUACCUUGUUAUCAACCAUUGGUAUAUCGAUAAAUAAUGAAUCAAUAUAUAUUUUAGCAUUAACAAUAUCAUCAUAUCAAAUUGGUUUGUCAAUUGGAAAGAAGGCACAUGUUUAUAUAUCGAGUAAUAGUAAACAUUGGAUCAUGUUGAUAAUAGCACUUGUUGUACAAUUGUUUGGUGAUAUUAUAUAUGCUGCGGCACCAGCACAAUUCUUGUUACUAUUGUCUCGAUUCUUUGUUGGAUUGGGUAAUUCCUAUGCCAUUGUGAUGGUACAAAAGAUGUUGUCUCGUUCAAAAGACACAGACUUGCAAAAGAUGAGACUGCGCAGUAUAUCUACAACCAUUUUGGCGGCAUUCCCAGUAGCAGCUUUACUGAUUGCCAUAGUAUCCAAUUUCUCAAUCGAUCACAGAAUGAAUAUAUUUAGUCAGGAUAACAAUACAUCCUCUUUCUAUGGUUGGUUGGUAGUUAUAUUUUCAGCUCUAUCUCUUAUUCUUGCCAUCAUCGGUAGCGUAAUUGAUAAGAGUCAACCAUUUGAUGAUGAUACUGAUCAAUAUUUAUAUGAAGAACAAUAUCCAAUACGUAAUAGUGUAUCAUAUAGAACUCAAGAAUCAUGUAUAAUACCACCAAAAUGGACAAUGGUAUUAUUAUGUAUUGUACAUGCAUUUAUUUGUAAUAGUGCAAUGGUGUUGGAAAGUUUGUUUGUGCCCGUUACAAUGGAGGUGGCACGAUAUGGAUGGGACAUGACAAAGGUGGCUUCGUUUUUCAUUGGUACUGGUGUCACAGUGACCAUUACAACCAUCUUGGCCAAGAGAAUUACAAACAAUACCCUCCUUUUUUACGGAUCCAUUCUAUUCAUGUCGAUAGGCUAUUCAUUUAUGAUUGCAUGGCCAGACGUUGGUGCCAAAGAUGUAGCACCCAUGAUCCGCUAUCUUCUCGGUGCUCUUUUCAUCUCGAUAGGUUACCCAAUUUCAAUCCUAACUUCAAUCAAUAUUUUUUAUCAAUUAAAAUUAUCUGUCAAUUCUGUAAUUUUUGGAAGAUUAUUAGGACCGAUUAUAUCGAUUGCCAUUUAUAAAGAUAAAGGAUGUAAUGAUGCAUUCCUCUAUGCAAUGAUUCUAAGCUUCUUGUCGGUGAUCUUACACUUUUCACUGGGCAAGAGCAUCAAACAUAUCAACACGGUUUCAGUCAUACAAAAGAAUGUUCCCAUCUUAUCGACAGAAGAUGAAAACAACAAAUUAUUCAUUUAA